UGCACUAAGGCAGGUAGUACCGCAUAUCACUUCGCGCUGAACGGUGCGGGCGUGAUACAUCUGAUCGAGUGGCAUCACUUCUUUCGCUGUCUGUGUUCGACGCUGCCGUGUAUCACUUAUCGCAAGUACGCGCGCGGGCUGAGCAGCCGAUGCAGUUUUGAAAUCAGUGUUCUCGACGGUUUGCGACUGUGCAGUAACUCCGCGCGUAACGCUGCAACGCUCGUAAAAUGGGCGGCUUCAUCUCGAGAUCCACGGACGCGAACUUAAAGAGGAACCAGGAGUUCAUGACAGAAAUGAACAAAGUCGCCGUCGAGCGGAAUAUUCACAUGCAAAAUUUCAUGCGGGAGCGGCAGAUGGCGAUGCAGAUUGCUCGGGCGAGGGAGCAGUUGUACUGGUUCGGCUCGUUCUACAUCCUGGCUACCAUGGGGAUGGUGGCGGGCUACCGGCGUAGCAGGAAAUCUGGCGUGUUGGCGCCGUUGCUGCCGCUGACGUUCGUUCUCGCGUACCAGGCGGACAUGGCUUACGGGAGCAAACUGCACCGCAUAAGAAGCGAGGCAGAAAUGAUAAUGAACCACGAAGCCGACCUGCUGGAUCUGCCCUGCGGCCUACCUUCGGUCUCUAUAAUAGACCAGGCGCGCCUAGACGACGGCGAGAAGAAGAAGCUCCAUCCGUCCGUGCCAGCUGUCUGAGUGUUUUUCCUUGCAAUAAUAUUCCUGUACGGAAUUCGAAUUCUGCCUUUCCCUCUUACAACUUUCGCUAAUUUAAUGCAUGUGUGUGUUGAUGGGAGUUAAACACGCAGUGCCUAAGGGGCGCGAUUCAGUAUUAUAGUACUCGUAGUUACUUUGUUGUGUGGAGGCGUUCAUCGCCACGUCUUGCAAUAAAUUUCGUCGAAAUCGUACAAAAGUAAUUUCACAUACAUCGUUGAAUUGUAACGUUUGUAAUAUAUUCGUUGUUAGUGCAUGACAAGUGGUAGUUUUUAUACUUACAGAAUUUUUAUACUCAUUGAAGUACAACAUUAAACGUUAUUGAAUGGCAGCUAUUACUCAAGAGGACAAGGCAUAAAUAUAUUAUACAGUCUGAAUUUCGUCUGUUGUUGUUUUAUACGAGUUUAGAAGUUUAAAAUGUUGUACGUAGCUCUCUUAAAGUGGGUUCUUACAUAGUUUACUAAACCUAUUUUAUGAGCACAUCAUUUUACAAGUGUGUGUAGUAGUCAGAUAUAAUCUAGUUAGAUCUUGUGAACAACGAAGGAAAUAUAUUCGUAAGUCGUUUAUUAAAUAUAUUUUACGAGCAUAAUUUUAUUGUUCUGAAAUUCUUUGUUAUCUGCCGUGCACGUCAAUGCCUGUCCACUGCUCCAUAUUACCUUUUUCCACUCUUGAUGUUUACAUUAAAAUCUACAUCUCCACAAUGAACUGUGCUUAGAAUAAUGUCGUGACAAUAACAGAAAUUAAACUAAUAAAUAUAUUCAGCACAUCAGUGUUCUCUUACAUUGGUAUCCUGUAGAUAACAGUACAAUAAAAGCACAGUUUCAUGUUUCA